UAAGCAAAUGAACCUUGCUGGUGUUUAUCUCUCUGUUUUCCACCACAGUGUGGAGUGAAGAGGGUCUGUAGCCAAGAGAUAUGAAAAUAUUUCUCUACACAUUGGAGUACAGUGUUUAUCUAUUUGGGUGGAAAAGCUUUCAGGCUGUUGCUUUGGAGGAACCAACGGUUAACCCGGGAGGAAAGAGAUGUGUGGACCAGAGGGCUCCAACUUCUGAAACCUUUAUCUUCUCCACUCCUUCCUCGUGCCUUUGGCGGUCCACUGAGGGAGAGAAGAGAUGUUUGUUUAACACCUCCGAAAACCACAUUGCACUCUACCAUGAACAAGGAACGUCUUCUGUUUACGUGGGGGCGGAAAAUAAACUUUAUUAUUGUGACUUUGCAAACUCCAACCACCUUAAGGUGCCUUUUGAUGCAGACAAAUCGUCUAACUGCAGAAAACAGGAGGAUGCCAAGAACUAUCUCACGCUGCUGGAAAAAUACGAUGACAAGCUGUUGAUCUGCGGCACGAACGCCUGCAACCCCACAUGCUGGAAUUGGGUGAAUGGGGCAAAGGAACCAGGGAUAACUGCCCAGGGACUGGCCCCUUUUGAGCUCGACCAAAACACCCUCGUCCUGGUUGAUGGGAAGGAUAUCUACUCUACCAUCAAGAAGCAUCAGUACAAUGGGCGGAUCCCGCGUUUUCGUCGGAUUCGAGGAUCGGCCGAGCUUUACACCAGUGACACCGUCAUGAAUAAUCCCCAGUUCGUCAAGGCCGCUGUCAUCAAACAAGACCAGCCGUACAAGGAUAAGAUCUACUACUUCUUCCGGGAGGACAACGCCGACUGGCCAAGCGACGCGCUGGCCCCCAGGAGCAUCUCCAGGGUGGCCCAGCUGUGCAAGGGAGAUAAAGGAGGCAGAGGUUCGCUCUCCGCCGCCAAGUGGACGACCUUCCUGAAGGCCACGUUGCUCUGUGUGGAUUCCGCCUCCGGCCGACACUUCCACCGGCUGCAGGACGUCUUCAUCCUUGAGUCUGAUGACUGGUCCAAGACGAAAGUCUACGGGCUGUUCUCAAAUGAGUGGGAAUAUUCCGCCGUCUGUGUCUUUACUGUGGGCGAAAUUGACCACUUGUUCAGGACAUCUCCUCUCAAAGGAUACACAGAUGUGCUCCCUGUGGUGAGACCUGGGCAGUGUCUGGACGGAGAGCAGCUGACGCCACACGAGACCUUCAAAGUGGCGGACAGACAUCCCGAGGUGCUGCACCGGGUGAAGCAGGAAGCCUCUUUCUACAGCAGGCACCACUACCAGCAAAUCCGAGUCCACCAGGUGCAGACAGCCGACGGGGACAACUACACCGUCUCCUACUUGGCUACAGACAAAGGAAAAAUCCACAAGGUCGUCUUUCUACCAGAGGGCGCCAUGACCAUCCUGGAAAUCCAGCCGUUCCAGCCUCCUGCUGCCAUCCGGGCCAUGGCUUUGGACAGUGCAAAGAAAGAGCUCUUCGUGGCCUCGGCGAAGGAGGUGGUGCAGCUCCCGCUCGCCAUGUGCGGGGCCUACCGAGGCAGCUGCGAGAGCUGCGUCCUGGCACGGGACCCCUACUGUGGAUGGUCCCAUGGGAAAUGCGCUUCCAUUUACGACCCCGGAAAUCAAACCCUCUUGCAGGCUCUGAGCCAUGAUGUGCCUCCGGAUGUUUGUGCUACCGCAAACCAUGGCAACGAAAAAGGCGGCUGGGAGCAAUGCAGGAACGUCACCGUGAGCCCGCGGUCCCGCUAUUACCUGAACUGCUCCAUCGAAUCCCACCAUGCCAAUUACACCUGGCGCCGCGAGGGGCGAAGUCUCACGCACUGCAGCUCUGCCCAUCAGCACUGCCUAUACUUCAUAGACAGCAUGGCGGAAGGACUUUAUGGGACCUACUCCUGCGUUUCCCAGGAGGGCUGGUUCAAGCAGACGCUCGCGACAGAAUGUCUGCAGAAGCCGGAGGCAUCCAUGAAGCUCAAGGUCUCGGCUCCAACGUGCUGGGCCCCCGCACAGUCCUUCUCCUUCUGGCUAGGAUUGCUGCAUAUGGCAGUGAUCUUCUUGAUGCUCCAGUAGGAACGGCUGACCUUCUGACUGCCCGCCAACACCCAUGGGCGACACACUGGGCCACCCCGUGUGGCCUCCGAAUCCGCCUGCUCUUUGCUCUCCGUCUCCCGUUUAGAUCUAGCCCUUUGCCCUGCUUGGGGCCGCCCUCACCGCCUGGGCCAGGGGCGCCCCGGGGAUUCGCAGUCCGUAGCAGCUUGGAGGCAAAGAGUGGUUGGCUCUUGUGUACGACGAGCCACAAUAGCCAAGUGCAAGGACUCGUCUGGCACCAUCGAAGUCGUGGUCUCCCAGAGCAGAAAUGGAAGCCUCUGCCACGGGGGUGUUCAUCCCCUCCCAACCCACGGGCUGAGUCCCACUUCACAGAAGCUCUUGAGGGCCAUCUCUUGGUGGCGGAUUGGCCUGAGGGCGAGCGGGGGGUGGCCAAGCAUGUCAGCUUAUUGUAGCUGCAAGCUCAGGAGUGCGUUUCGACUUUUUAAGAAGCUGCACACAAGGCAGGAAACCGAAGCACAACCCGCUGUUCAUCGGGUCGCCGUGAGUUGGAGAGGGACUUGGUGGCACGUGAGAGUGGUGGCCAGUGCACGGGUGCCUGAAACUGGGACCUCCAGUGGGUUGACUGGGCUCCCGGGCCGGGGGCCGUGCACCACUGAUUAAAGCAACAAGCCAAAGGGAUGGUUGGAACGGGUCUUUCCCAGGCUUCAGCGAGAUUCAGGCAUUCAGGUUCUAGGACCCAACGGAGCUCUCUCAACCGAUGUUGUUCAGAAAUGGCGGUCCAGAAGAGGUGGGAGUCAAGGUCCAGAGCAGCAAAUGGCAAUCAGAGAGAAAACAGCGUGUUCAAAAUCAGGCAGUGGUCAAGAUCCAGGGCAGUCCACGUACUAGCUAGAAAGUUGCUCAGGGUAGAGGGCACGUGUCAAGGUGAGGGCUUCGGGUUGUCCACUUCGGUGCAGCCUUUACCACGCAUGGUUUGUUUAUUUCACUAGAAUUCAGAUCAUCUACUGACAUGUCUUACAUUUGCACAGCAAUGGAUCACUUGGAUUCUCUGAGCACUUGAAGCCUAAUCUGGGUUAUGUGAUCCCAAUGCGAUCCCCAAACUCUUCAGAAUCAACUUGCAUCUCAUGGGAUUGGAUUAAGAUUGGCCCAGCCUGGCACUUGCAAGAAUCUGUGCUAGAACUCAGGUGAUCCAUUGGAGGACUGGUCUACCCUGUCCGUUCACAGACCAGUCUUAUUCUGCUCUUCUCUAAAUGAUGAAUGUGGGGCUGUGUUACCCUCGUUACUUUGGUUGACAGCACAGCUUCCUGCACUCAUGUCUGUAUCGUGAUGGGAGGAGGGGAAGUUCUCCACAUGAGUGGAGCUCAGCUCUCCAGACAUCCUUCCUUUGUCUUAUUCAGUGGCUGAAGGAUAUUUAUUUCUUGAAUAUUAAAAAUAGCUUCCCUGGCCCCUGCACAAGGGCACUCAGGAAAAAUAGGUGGGCACACCUUCCAAGGAAUAAAAUGGUAAUGUAAAAGACAGAUGCUGAAAGGAAGAAGCAAAACCAGCAAAACAUUAGGUCAUGUGAUUACAUAUUAAGCACUGUUCCAAGCCUUUCAAACACAAAAUUCUUUGUACCGAAGCCAGUAAAGGUGGCUAAAGUGAACUAGAAAGAGAGAUCAAAGAGUGUUCACAGCUUGUCGUUCUGCACCUGUUUGCGUAUGUGCGGUGGCACUUCUGCAACACAUGCUCUGAAUGCAAAAGGUUCUGUGUUUGAUCCAGGACCUGAUACUUUGAUCAAGCAUUUCCAAGUUGGACUUCUGUCUGAAAUCCUGAAGAAUUUGCUGCCAGGAUAAAAAUACGGAGUUAGAUGGACCACUGGAUCCAUUUGCAAGAAGGCAACUUCUUCUGUUUCCUAAGAUGCUUUUCUUCAGUGGUCUGUUAGGCUGGCUGGGGAUGUCGUCGCUUCCUGGAGCUGGCCAAAUGUCCCAUCUUAAGGUCGCCUGAGGUGAGCAGGGGAAGCGAGUGGCAUCCAGUGUUAUUGGGAACAAGGCAGCAAGAAAUAGCACCUUGGAUAGCUCCGAGUGGAACCACCUGACCUGAACUUUGUCCUACUACAGCCUUCCCCGACCUUGCGCCUUCAGACAUGUUUGGCCUGCGACACCCAGGAUCCCCAGUCCAUGGCCCUGCUGGAUGGGAAUUCUGGGAGUUGCAGUCCAGGUGCCUGCCUCUGAAGGCCACCAGGUUGGGGAAGACUGUCCUGCUAGAGGAGGCUAGGAGGAUGUUGUCUCAGAGGAAAGCUAAAGCCAGCUGAAGGCUUGCACAAGCCGACCGGUCGGUCUCCUUGGGUCCUGCCUCGAGGAGCUGACCGGGCUGUUCAAGGUGGACUGUUAGAGGUGCUCAGCCCAUCUUGCAGCCCGAGACGAAAUUCGCGAGACUGACACUCUGCUGAUAGCUCUUCCUCUGAGCCAGGGAUCCGUGGAGUGGCAGCCUUGUUCCCCCAGGGCUCGGAGGCCCUCUUCCCACCCAUUUAAAAAUCUGUGAAAAGGACAGACGAUUGCAUGACCAAACCAGAAGAGCGAGAGAGAGAAGACGAGAGAACCUUAUACGGAUGCUGUCUUAGGCACCGACAGGCUUCCUUAUCGGGCAGUUUCGUGAUCAUGGGGCUAUGAUGUCGGAGGCCUUUUCAGCUAAAAGCAGAGUCAAGAAACUUGAUUUGGAGCACUAAAUAGUGAGGACUCGCACGCACACAGCUGUUGACAAAGGCUGUGUUACAACGGCGAGCCCUGGCUGCCAGCUUCACCGAGCAAGCGGCUACGUCGGCACGGACCGUGUUUCUCACGAACGGAAAAACCGGACCCAGAGGAGCAUCCGUGCAGCUCAUGCUUCUCCAUGCACAGUUUGCGCUACGUGAUUCUGACGUGCUUUGCAGAUGAUGGCUAGUAGAGCGUACCCUGGCUGUCCUUCCUCCCUCUGUGUAGUGUUUCCGUCCCUUAUCAGGGCUGCCUGAGAAUAAACUGUGAAAUUGAAUUUUUGGCCAGUGAAAGGGCUCUCUGUGUACUUUUUGGCCUUCUCUCAUUUUCGCGAUGGUCUCCCUUCUUAUUUUUGUAAUGUCAUUAAUGUAAUGUCUGUAUUCAUGAAGCAAUGUAUAUUAUUCUUUAUUGUGGCUGAUUGAACUAUAAAUAUGAUUUUUUUAAAUAAAAAGUCAAACUAGC